CCUUUUUUCCCCCAUCCCGCCUGCUUAUCAUAAUGGCAUCAGAAGUUGAACGUGCACCGCCCACUUCAUCAGAGAAUCACGUGGUCUGGAAGACUAGCGAGGACGCGAUUGAGAAAGUCCCCUUUACUGGAUCAUGCCACUGUGGCGCAGUGCAGUUCUCUAUGCUGCAUGAGCCAUUGACAAAGCACCAUACAUACCAUAUACCCGUCAAGUCCUGCAAUUGCUCCAUCUGCGCCCGGAAUGGGUACUUGACGAUCUUUGUGGAACGUCAUGAAAUUGAGUGGAUAUCAGGCUGGGAGGAGAUGGCAAGAUACCAGUUUACACCUAAGCACAAGGAGCACAGAUUCUGUGGUACUUGUGGAUCAAGUGUCUGUAUUGACUUUCUGGGCAAUUGGGCAGUGGGCGAUGUGAUUGGCAUAAAUGUACGCAUGCUCCAUGGAGUUGAUCUCGAUGGACUGUUCAUCCAUAAAAAGAAUGGGGCGGCAAUUUGAUCAUCCUUCAUGAGUCUCUGUCGAUUAUGAGCAGCUGUUGAUUGCGCAAGGGAAGAAGCAUUUUGAUUUAUAUGAUGAUCUUUCACUUACCGGUAGAAUCUAUCAAAUAGAGCCUUUAGUAUGGGUUCGAGAUUUAUGAUAGGAUCGAUACUAUCCCUUCU